ACUGAAAAGAAACUCUUUCAGGACAAUGACCUAUCGGAAAUGGACAGGCACUCGCCGAGUAGCUCAGAUCUGACGGAUGGAGUGUACGAAUGCGAUGUCUGUCACACUAUCUUUGCAGUAAAGAGAGAGUUGUCGACUCACUUGCGGACACACAGUGGCGAACAACCACAUACAUGCACGCAGUGUGGCAAAGAGUUUGGAACGCGGCAAUUGCUGAAGAAGCACUGGAUGUGGCAUACCGGCGAGCGUUCGCACGUCUGCAAACACUGCAGCAAGGCAUUCUUCCAAAAGGGUCACCUCACGCAGCAUCUCAUGAUUCACUCAGGCGGACGUCCGCAUCAGUGCAAUCUUUGCCAGAAGACGUUCAUCUUUAAGUUCGAUCUGAAUCGACAUAUGAAGAUUCAUGCUGAACGUGGCUACUUGUGCCAACAGUGCGGUCGAUCGUUCACUCGACAACAAUCACUCGACGAACACUCGAUGAAAUGCAAGACGAAGAGCUCUUCCGAAACUGCAACACCACCAAUGAAAAUCGAGCAACCAUCAUCGGUUUUCCCACUUAUUUCCCAGCCUUUUCUCAAUUUCAACCAAGAGAAUAUUGCCAAGAUGGCGCAGUCGUUGAUCGCACAGCAACAGCAACGAACUCUGGCCGCACUGCUCGCCCGCCAGCAGACCGUUGCCCAUCUGCCAGCGGCUCCAGCCGUCCCAACUGCUCUCCAACCCACUUCUCCCGUCAUUCCGUCACUGUUCUGUGUGCUUUGCAGUAAAGCGUUUCCAAAUCAGCCUGCGUUUACUGUACACAUGUACGUCUGUCAUAUCCAAGGAAACAAUGUGCCAGUGAUAAGCGAACAGGGCAAUAUCAACGUGCUCAGCUCAACGGCAACGAAUUCGUCAUGCUCGUCGAGGUAUUUUGGAUAA